ACGACAUCCCCCCAAGCGUGCUGUUGUUAGGGGCUGACGCUGUUGCGAGGCUUCUGUAGCCUCGCAACGAUUCUUCCCGUCUUCUCCCCGCGGUGAGGCUCGUCGCCGCGUCCCCUCCGUUGAGCUGCUGUCUCGAGAGAUUGUUGCACAUUUGGUGACUUUCAAGUUUCAAAUCAUGGACUCAGAACAGAUCAUGGAGGGACAGGCACAGGUUCCAGAAAAUCCUCAUGCUGAAUAUGGCCUUACAGAAAAUGUAGAGGUUCUUCUGACAACACACCAAUGGAAAGCUUCUUGGGGUUACCCAAAGCCUCUUGUAGGAAUUGCUAUCACCUCCUUACAGCAUGAGAGAACAGUGUCUUUGCCAACAGAAGGGAAAAUGCCUCCCAAUUCUGGCAGCACAAGCAUUCUGCUCCAGGCCUCACAAGCCUGGCUUUUUCUCUUUGCAUACUAAAAACUUACAUGCCCCCCAUGGUUACAUUUGAGUGCCCAGGACCUUGUCUUCUGCACUCCUGUGGUGUACACUGACCCACUGCCUCCAUGGAAGCAGUGCACGCCAAUUUACCAGACUUACCUCAGUUCAACACUCUCCUUAAUACAGUAACUCCUCACUUAACGUCAUCCUAGUUAACACCGUUAGGUUGCGGAUCUAUUAGAGAACAUGUUCGUUUAAAGUUGCCCAAUGCUCCCUUUAUAACUUUGUUUGGCAGCUGCCUGCUUUGUCCACUGCUUGCAGGAAGAGCAGCCCUUUGGAGCUAGCUGGUGGGGGCUUGGAACCAGGGUGGGUCGGCAUUUCCCCUAUCAGCUCCCCCAGGUUCCCUGUGCAGCAGCUGCCCAGCAGGCUAUCAGUUGCUGGGCAGCUUAGGUGAACAUCCCGCCCUCCACUACCAUGUGCUGCUCCUGCCCUCUGCCUGGGAACUGCUCACGGCAGCCUCCUGCUUGCUGAGCAGGGGCGGGGAAAGAGGAAUGCUGAUGUCAGGGUGUCCCCCUGCUCCUGCGCCCUGCUCCUGUACCCCGUCUCCACAGAGCAAGGUGGGGACACGACAGGGCUCAGGAUGGAGGGAGCUUGCUGACAGCAGCUGCUGUCUCAACUUGCUGAUCUACUUAAAAAGGCAGUGUGUGGUCAGUGUACUUAAAGGGGUAAUGCACGUGUCUGUCUC